AUGAGCAUGGAUAAUACCGAGCCUCUUUACGCCCAGGAAGAGGGACAUGAAGCCGCUUUCUUUUCACCUUUAUCACCACCCAUGGACACAGACCCCUUUGAUAUGCACAUCAACAAGGAUUGGGAGUCUCUGCCGACUACAUUGUCCGGAAACAUUGAAUAUUGGGGUAAUGCACUCCAAUAUACGGUACCUGCCGAGCCCCUGCAUCCACCUGUGGGGUCUAUUCCAACUGAGGAUCUAUCCCAAGACCCCUCAUUCGAGGCCCCGGAAGUUGACCUGAAUGCUGGGUUCCACUCUGGUCUAUAUUCCAAUCCGUCCACCAUAACACCACCGUUCCAAAUCGGUACAUCAUCUGAGCCUUGGAUGGACUUCUCUGUUGGAUCUGAACCUGAUAACCCGAUGCUGGAUUAUUCUGCACAUCCUGACUAUUUCUCGGACCACAAUCACAACCAUAACGACCAGCAUCAAGCGUUGGAGUCUCUCUAUGACGCAAAUAUCUGUUUCGAAAACCCGCUACAUACACCUUUCUUAACGCCACCACCAACAGCAUCUACACCAUCCUGUCUAGCUGAACAUCGCACUUCAUGCAUUAUCACAGCGACACACUAUCUUCGCACACUCCACAUCCGCCAAACAAGUUGUCUAUUUCGCAACCAACAAGCAUUCACAGACCAAGAGAUAGAUGAGCACGAGCCACGAAUGUCUGGCUCAGUCCUGAAAUGCAACAAAGAAGCCGGUAUGUCAGUCUGCCGCAUGCUCCAGUGUGCAUGUGCUCUUCGCCCACAGAAUCAGCUUCUAUUAGCAUCAAUCUGCUCUAGACUCAUAGUGUGGUAUCAAGCGAUGAUCCGCGCUUGCUUUCCUCGCCGUAUGGGCAGCGGUUCAAAUGGGCGCUUGGAGGAAUCGGUUCUGGCGGAAAAAGUGGUCCAUGAGGCUGUUACUAUUGGUGAUCAUAUGGUCGACAAUCCGGCUUUAGGGUGGAAUAUCCAGUCUCAGGUUAUUCUGGGCGAGCUUGGGCAUUUGCAGCGUCUUGUUGAUACCAUCUCAGUGCGGAUACGACAGACUGGUGCCGAUGGCUCAUCUGUAGGACUUCCGGGUGUCGUACAUGACCGAUUAGUGACACAUUUAAAUAAGGAAGUACAAGCGGUUAGAAAUGAUUUGAUCAUGGCUUUAGGAUAG